AUGGGCCACCUCCGCGAACGCUACAACGCGAAGGCCCGCCAGUCGAGCGUGGGGGGAAAGAAGAAGGCGAAGCGCGCAAGAGGCGCCGCUGAGGCCGACGCCCUCGCCGACACUAAUGCCGACAUUGUCACCCCGAAGACAGACGAGGAGAAGGAGCGGGAGAGGAAGGAGCGGAUGAAGGAGCAGCUGAUCGCCGAGUCCGACUCGAAGUGGAACGCGAAGAAGAAGAAGCGGUUGGAGAAGUAUAUCGACAAGAAACUCAAGCAGGAAGAGCGCGUGCAUUUGUUUGAGAAGCUUGCCAAAUCCCAAUCCGAAGUCUCCAACGUCCUCCAACUCCAAUCUUCCGCCACUCUUGGGACCCGCAAACCCAUCACGCACGAGGACGUACUUGCGCAGGAAGAGGACAAGGAGGUCCGGCGCGCAUUUGACAGCCGGCCAGGGAAGCGGAGGAGGCUUGAUGGCCCAGCGGAGAGCGGGGACCUGAGUAGCAGCGAGGACGAGGAUGUGGGGAUGGACGGGAGCGUACCGAUGCGCGCCGCCAGGUCGCGAUCAAGUUCGCCUCAACCCAUCAUCGUCGAAGACCAGCCGUUCCAGCCACAGCGGAGUGUAGCCCAACAUGAGCCCGUCGUGGGCGGCGCGCUGCAGCGGAAUGCGGACGGAACACCGGUGGCGCCGAUCGUGAAGAAGCGGGGGACGAAGACGAAAUUCCAGUCGUGGCGGCACACAGGGCGCAAGUCCGUCCCCGCUCAGCAAGAGGACUCGGACUCCUCGUUCGACAGCUCGGACUCGGCGUUCGACUCGGACGAGGAUGAGGAAGGCGAUCUAAGCGAGGACGAUGGGCGCGUAGCUGCAGAAGAGGGUGGGGACGACGACGACGAGGAAGGUGAUUCCGAGGACGAGAGCUCAGAAGACGACGAACCCGCACCUCCGCCCAAACGCAAGAGCCUCGGCUUCAAAGCGUGGGCGACGCAGCAAUUGAACGCGGCGAAGGGAUACACUGCGCCUACCGAUGCCUCGGGCGCCAACCACACCGCCGAACCCCCUGCGUCCACCGACCCCGCGCACAACGACACGACACCUCCCCCACCCCCCAAGAAACGCAAGCGCGGCGGCCCACAGGAGAAGAUUGGGCCUCUGGGCGAAGAGCUGGUGCUCCCGGCGACGUCCUUCGCGGCACAGUUCCCCUCAGCAUCAGCGAACCCGUUCAAGAUGUCGGCUAUCACCGAGCCAGCGCCUUUCACGUCGACUUCUCAGCCCUCCGCCUCAUCCCAACCCAUCUCAACAUCCCAACCUACAUCAACAUCAGCCCCCCAAUCCCUCCCCGCCAGAUUCGUCCCCGUUACCCGGCCGUCCGACGUACAAGAGGCGCGCCUGCAGCUGCCCGUCGUUGCGGAGGAGCAGCCGAUCAUGGAGGCGAUACGGCUGCAUCCGGUGGUCGUGCUGUGUGGUGAGACGGGAAGUGGGAAGACGACUCAGGUCCCCCAAUUCCUCUAUGAGGCCGGCUUCGGCGCCCCCGACAGCGAGAACCCGGGCAUGAUCGGCGUCACGCAACCCCGACGAGUUGCUGCCAUGGCUAUGGCGCGCCGCGUUGCGCAUGAGUUGGGCGUAGGGGUUGCGGAUGUGGGUGAAGAGGAGGAAGAUGCACCAAGUCCAAGGAAAUCGAAGAAGUUGAAAUCCAAGUCCACCGCCUCUUCAUCCAUGAACGACAAGCUGGGUGCACCUAUCGCUUACCAAAUUCGCUACGCUGGAACAGCCGGCCCAGCGACGCGCAUCAAGUUUAUGACCGAUGGUGUCCUGCUGCGCGAGCUCGCGAUAGACUUCCUCCUCACCAAGUACUCGGUCAUCAUCAUCGAUGAGGCGCACGAACGGAGCAUGAACACCGAUAUCUUGAUCGGCGUACUCAGUCGAGUGGUGCGAUUGCGCGAGGAGAUGUGGAAGGAAGGAAGGGAAGGGGCGAAACCCCUCCGCCUCAUCAUCAUGUCCGCCACGCUGCGCGUCUCCGACUUCGCCGCCAACACUACCCUCUUCCCCUCCCCGCCCCCCGUCAUCAGCAUUCCCGCUCGCCAGCACCCGGUCACCGUGCACUUUGCGCGGCGCACGCAGUCCGACUACGUCUCCGAGGCCAUCAAGAAGGUGGUGAAGAUUCAUGCGCGGCUGCCGCCCGGAGGCGUGCUGGUGUUUCUAACGGGGCAGAGCGAGAUUGUAGGUGUGGCGAGGAGGCUGGAGGCGAGGUAUGGGAGGAGGGCGGUGGAAGAGAGGAGGGCAAGGAAGGCAGGGGGAAAGCCUUCGCGGGCGAAAGAGGACGAAAGGUUCAAGGAGAUUCCGGAGGAGGGUACGAGUGCGGCGCAAGCGGACGUUGAAGCUGAAAACGUCGACUUGGGAAAUACCCACGAGGAUCUCGCCGCGGAUGUCGACGGCGACGGAGAUCAAGACAUGGACCCUGACGCGCUAGACACAGACGACGAAGACGAACUCGAUGCCGAGCUCGGCCUCAACGCAGACGAAUGUGAUGUACCCAUGCAUAUCGUCCCCCUCUACGCCCUCCUCCCCUCCGCACGCCAAAUGGAGGUCUUCAAGCCGCCUCCACCAGGCACUCGCCUCGUCGUUCUCGCCACUAACGUCGCUGAGACCUCGCUUACCAUUCCCAACAUCCGCUACGUCGUCGACACCGGCCGCGCCAAGGAGCGCCGUUACGACCCCGCCUCCGGCGUCCAGUCCUUCCCUAUCUCCUGGAUAUCGAAGGCUUCCGCGGCACAGCGAGCCGGUCGUGCAGGACGUACGGGGCCUGGACAUUGUUACCGCCUGUACUCGAGCGCGCUGUUCGAGAACCACUUUGACGAGUUUGGCGAGCCGGAGGUGCUGCGGGCGCCCGUCGACGGGCUCGUGCUGCAGAUGAAGGCCAUGCACAUCGACACGGUCGCAGGCUUUCCGUUCCCAACGCCGCCAGAUCGGCUCGCUCUGGCGCGCGCGGAACGCGUGCUGGCGAGGCUGGGGGCGCUGUCGAGUGGUACAGGUUCUGGCGAGGGCCGGAUUACGGAGCUCGGGCGCACGAUGGCGCUGUUCCCGCUGACACCAAGGUUCGCGAGGAUGCUGGCGAGCGGUGGGCAGCACGGGUGCAUGCCGUAUGUGAUCUGUCUGGUGUCGGCCCUGUCGGUUGGCGAUCCGUUCUUGAGGGAAGAAGGGCUUCUGCAGGAUGAUGAGGAAGACGCGGACGAGGGGAAGGAGCUCACGCACCUCUCGAGCGCAGCGGCGAAGGCGAAGGAGGUCAGGCGGUUGAGGCGGAAGGCGUUCUUUGAGAAGCAACAUAUUUACGGCGCUUUGGGAGACUUCACGAGUGACCUAUUCAAGGUCCUCUCCGUCGUUGGGGCCUACGAAUACGCAGGCGGAGGCCACAAGUUUUGCACCGACAACUUCGUACGACCAAAGGCCAUGGAAGAAAUCCACAAGCUCCGCUCGCAGCUCAGUCACAUCGUCCAGAACGAUUUCCCCGACAUCGACGUUGGCUUCGUAGCCAAGCUCAAGCCACCUAGUGACAAGCAGCUUAAGGUCCUCCGCCAGCUUCUCGCCGCGGGCUUCAUCGACCAGGUCGCCGUGCGCAAGGAUCGCCUCGACAGUGCGUCCUCGGGAGGCACGCAGUAUACGAACUGCCGGGGCGUGCCGUAUAGGGCCAUCGGGAUUGAGGAGGAUGUGUUCAUACACCCGUCGUCGGUGGUGCAUGACCAUCGGCCGCCUGAGUAUGUUGUGUUCAACGAGGUCGUGCGGACGUCGAAGAUUUGGUUGAAGGGCAUCACCGUCGUCAACCCCGCCUGGUUGGCCUCCAUCGGCAAAGGCUCGAUGUGCACAUACUCCAAGCCCAAGAAGAACCGGGCCGGCGAAGACGUGGUCAUCCCGCACUUCGGCCCAGAUGGCUGGGAGCUACCACCCGUCAAGGCAUCGUUAGUAGCAUCAUAG